GUGACACGACAUUGGACCGUAGUUCAAGAUGGAGUCUGCGCCUUAUUUUUCAGCUUUCCACCUACAGUAAUCAUAAUAUGGCAAAUUAUAUCAGUGAUUUUUAAAGUUCUGAGUUUGAGAAGUUCAUUUUUUCUUUGCUUCUCGUCAAUCUGUUUGGGAUUUGAAUAUAGGUAUUUGAUGAAAAGAGGUUAUUUGCUAAAAAUCUUGUCAACUGAAACAUCUAGCUAGGUAGCGAUCGGUUAAGUGGUUGGAAUGUUCAUAAACGUUCUAUUAAUUCGGAGAUCGAUAUGACGUUGAGAGAGUUAAAGGUUUGCCUUCUUGGGGACACUGGGGUUGGAAAGUCAAGCAUUGUUUGGAGGUUUGUGGAGGACAACUUUGACCCUAACAUUAAUCCAACUAUUGGGGCAUCCUUCAUGACAAAGACGGUGCAGUAUCAAAAUGAGCUUCACAAAUUUCUCAUCUGGGACACUGCAGGGCAAGAGAGAUUCCGUGCGUUGGCGCCAAUGUACUACAGAGGCUCUGCGGCAGCCAUCAUUGUUUAUGACAUCACUAAAGAGGACUCGUUCCAGACGUUAAAGAACUGGGUGAAGGAGCUUCGUCAGCACGGCCCGCCCAACAUUGUGGUAGCCAUCGCUGGCAACAAGUGUGACCUAUCCGAUGCCAGGGAGGUCUCGGAGAAGGAUGCCAAGGACUAUGCUGACUCCAUCCACGCCAUCUUUGUGGAGACCAGCGCCAAGAACGCCAUUAACAUCAAUGAGGUCUUUAUAGAGAUAAGUCAACGGAUCCCUGUCCUAGAUGCAGGGGGAGGGGCUGCAGGGAAUGGCUUCAAACUGCGCCGGCGGCCCUCAGAGACCCGGACCCGGACCUGCUGCUGAUGCUGCCAGUGAUUCCUGACCGUAGUCCCCCACAUUGACCCUUGACCCCUGACCCUUCUAUGCUUGCAGCCUCCAUAAUCCCCCCCCUAACCACAGACCUGCGUCACAGAGACCUGGGAGCUGUAAAUUCCACUCCUCCAUCAGGAAACCCUGAUUACUACCGCCAUUGCGUCCUGCGUCUAAUGCUACACUGUAAAGAGAGAGCAGCCGAGCAAAUUACAGUUCACUGGGAUAUAUGACCAUAUCUCAUCGUUCUAUGCGGCUAACUUUGGCUCAGUUAUUGUGAAGCUGUAGUCUUGUGUUGUUAAUGCCUAUCUGGAGCCCAAAAGGUUCAAAUGAAGUCCACAGCCUUUAAAGGCGCUGUAUUUGUCGUGCAGCAUUUACAGUGAUAUGACCUCUGCAGAAGUCAGGGCAUUUUAUUAUUCUUGCUCUUAUCCAAGCAGCACAGAGCUGUUGUGAAGGAAGUUGUCAAGGUAGUGAGUUUGUGUUUAUGCAGGACCUCCUGCCCACUCCUACCGUCAACCAAUCAUGUCACUGCGGAGUUAUACGGAGCACUCUGUAUUGUUACAAAAUUUGAGAUGCGCACAGCGAUGUGGUGUGGAGCUGAAUUGUGUCACACCAUCCUUACGGUGAAUCCGACUACAUUUUUGGAUUAAGCAUAAAUUGGAUCUCAGUAUUUAGCCUUUAGGUUCGCCAAAUAGGUCUAUGGCAGCUAUUCUUUAGGAUUGCCAAGUAGGUCUAUGGCAGCUAUUCUUUAGGUUCGCCAAGUAGGUCUAUGGCAGCUAUUCUUUAGGUUCGCCAAGUAGGUCUAUGGAAGCUAUUCUUUAGGAUUGCCAAGUAGGUCUAUGGCAGCUAUCCUUUAGGAUCGCCAAGUAGGUCUAUGGCAGUCUCACCCCCCUCCUUGCUGUGUUCACUUCAUCCUCCCGUUUUCCAGAUCUGUGGCUCGUCUAAGCCUAUGGCACCAGAUUCCUAUGUGGCUCUGGUCAAAAGUAGUGCACCUUAUACACCGAGUGUACAAAACAUUAAGAACACCUUCCUAAUAUUGAGUUGUCAGCCUCGUUUUGUUGGGGCAUGGACUCUACAAGGUGUCGAAAGCGUUUCACAGGGAUGCUGGCCCAUGUUGACGCCAUUGCUUUCCACAGUUGUGUCCAUUUGGCUGGAUGUCCUUUGGGUGGUGGACCAUUCUUGAUACACACAGGAAACUGUUGAGUGUGAAAAACCCAGCAGCGUUGCAGUUCUUGCCACAAACCGGUGCACCUGGUACCUACUACCAUACCCUGUUCAAGCCACUUCAAUCUUUUCUCUUGCCCAUUCACCCUCUGAAUGGCACACCACAGGAGGUUGGUGGCACCUUCAUUUAAGAAGAACAGGAUCGUGGUAAUGGCCGGAGCGUAAUCAGUGGAAUGGUAUCAUGUACAUUAAACACAUGGUCUCCAGGUCUUUGAUGCCAUUCCAUCUGCUCCGUUCCAGACAUUAUUAUGAGCCAUUUUCCCCUCAGCAGCCUCCUCUGUGGCACACAUAGACAAUACAUGUCUCAAGGCUUAAAAAUCCUUCUUUAACCUGUCUCCUCCCCUUCAUCUACACUGAUUGUAGUGGAUUUAACAGGUGACAUCAAUAAGGGAUCACCUGGUCAUUCUCUGUCAUGGAAAGAGCAGGUAUUCCUAAUGAUUUGUCCACUCAGUUUAGAGAAAUGGGGUACCAUCUGAGAGGAAUCCUACAUCUGUCCUGUCCUUGAAGCUUUUCUGUGUGAAUUGUCCCCGAGUGGUCCAAAGCCACAGUAGUUGCUAUGGUUUCCCCAAGUUGUAAGAGCUCCCCUCCCGGCUUUUUUUUUUAUAUGUCUUGUAAUACUUCUGAAAAGUUUACACAGAUUUUAUUUCUGUUCUUAUCUUGUAAACCUCUACACGGGUCAUGGCAUCAUUGGAUCUGCAGCAUGCAGUGCUUCUUCUCUUGGAACAACCACAUGAUCUAUUUUCCAACAGGAGACUAAAUGAAUGUUCUACACGAAUGUUCUAUUUGUUAUGGUAGAUAAGUCAGGUGCAUGAUGGGAAGUGUAGUUGUGUAGUCUGUUACAUUUUAAGGACCUUCACACAGUGCUUUGCAGCACAGGGCCAAGGCAGGUGUUUGCCAAACCGUUUGAGAAACGGUAAUGAAAAUGCCUAAUGGGGGGGGUAAUGUGCGCUUUUUCUGUCAUUGUUUCUCCAUUACAAUUUCAGUGCUCAUCAGUAUCGUUGUGUCUCUCAGUGACUGCUUUAGCCUUGACACUUUGGAGGGAAAAUGGGUUUGAUAAAGGGGAUUUUAACUUGGCUGGUUGAUGGUUAUCACCGAAAAGGAGUCAUUUUAUUGCUGUCUUCUACAUUGAGGCCUCGUCUCUUAGAGGGCCAGGCUGUUUGAGUGCUGACAAGACUCGCAGUCAGCUAGUGUGCGGUUAUAACUGAUAACGUUUUCCACUUUAAUAGUUGAUAGUUGGGGCGUCAGGGUAGCCUAGUGGUUAGAGCGUUGGACUAGUAACCGGAAGGUUGCAAGUUCAAACCCCCCGAGCUGACAUGGUACAAAUCUGUCGUUCUGCCCCUUUACAGGCAGCUAACCCACUGUUCCUAGGCAGUCAUUGAAAAUAAGAAUUUGUUCUUAACUGACUUGCCUAGUUAAAUAAAGGUAAAACAUUUUUUUAUUUUUUAUUUAGCCAAUCGCUGAAAUUCUGUAAAUGAAUUUCCCUGGAGUGCUUGGAGUAUACUGCCAGCCCUUUUAGUGUUCAUUGCGUUUCAAUGUUUUUGAAAUGGCAUUUUAACUGUUUGUGUUAGUUGGCAACCCCCGUCCGUCUGCGAUCUCUCACUGUUUUUUUUUGUUAUGACCGUUUUACAGGAGAGUAUUUUGUGAGGUCCUGCCAAUUCUUUAAUUGUCCCAUAAAAAAAAAAAAAAUCAUCGUUCUUUUCUCAUUCCUUUACAGAAUAAGCACUGGCUCGCACAUCCAACAUAGUUUUACUGCCUGGCCAGAGAUAAAAAAGGACCAUAUCUGGAAACUGGACUUGUUCUAAGAAGAACAAGUCGACAAUCUUUAGAUCUUUUCUAAAGAAAAGGUUUCCCGCAGAGAACCAGGCACAGCUUUCCAUUGACAUGCUGACCCGCUGAUGAACCGUGCUCUCUUUUCAAUUCCAAAUGAUGUGCUCUACUCCGGGGACCUGUUUCAUUCGUUCCCCUUGCUCCUUCUUUCUGCUGCUGGCUGCCUUCACUACGCUGUGACGCAAGCAAUUAAGGAAAGCUUGAAUAUGGUGUGCAUCUGGAACACCUUGUCCAAAAAUACAAAGAGAAGCAAUGAAGGAACACUGAGUAAUGUGUUCACUCUGUCUUAAAUUGCUCCUUUGUGUAGUACAGUAAUGUAAAGUCUCACAUUUUAGUUCCUGACCUAUUGCCAUUUGACAGGCAAUUUAGGGAUAAUGCCUAGCAUAGAGUGAUCCAUGUAGUUGUUCCCCUUUUGAUUUCCUCCUAGUGUCUUUCUCUCUUGCCGAAAACACGUGAAUAGGCCACAUUUAACACCAGUUGAGGACUGGCCAGCCUGCCUCCAGCUGUAGACUGGCCAGCCUGCCUCCAGCUGUAGACUGGCCAGCCUGACUCCAGCUGUAUACUGGCCAGCCUGCCUCUAGCUGUAUACUGGCCAGCCUGCCUCUAGCUGUAUACUGGCCAGCCCGCCUCUAGCUGUAGACUGGCCAGCCCGCCUCUAGCUGUAGACUGGCCAGCCCGCCUCUAGCUGUAGACUGGCCAGCCCGCCUCUAGCUGUAGACUGGCCAGCCCGCCUCUAGCUGUAGACUGGCCAGCCCGCCUCUAGCUGUAGACUGGCCAGCCCGCCUCUAGCUGUAGACUGGCCAGCCCGCCUCUAGCUGUAGACUGGCCAGCCCGCCUCUAGCUGUAGACUGGCCAGCCCGCCUCUAGCUGUAGACUGGCCAGCCCGCCUCUAGCUGUAGACUGGCCAGCCCGCCUCUAGCUGUAGACUGGCCAGCCCGCCUCUAGCUGUAGACUGGCCAGCCCGCCUCUAGCUGUAGACUGGCCAGCCCGCCUCUAGCUGUAGACUGGCCAGCCCGCCUCUAGCUGUAGACUGGCCAGCCCGCCUCUAGCUGUAGACUGGCCAGCCCGCCUCUAGCUGUAGACUGGCCAGCCCGCCUCUAGCUGUAGACUGGCCAGCCCGCCUCUAGCUGUAGACUGGCCAGCCCGCCUCUAGCUGUAGACUGGCCAGCCCCGCCUCUAGCUGUAGACUGGCCAGCCCGCCUCUAGCUGUAGACUGGCCAGCCCGCCUCUAGCUGUAGACUGGCCAGCCCGCCUCUAGCUGUAGACUGGCCAGCCCGCCUCUAGCUGUAGACUGGCCAGCCCGCCUCUAGCUGUAGACUGGCCAGCCCGCCUCUAGCUGUAGACUGGCCAGCCCGCCUCUAGCUGUAGACUGGCCAGCCCGCCUCUAGCUGUAGACUGGCCAGCCCGCCUCUAGCUGUAGACUGGCCAGCCCGCCUCUAGCUGUAGACUGGCCAGCCCGCCUCCAGCUGUAGACUGGCCAGCCUACCGUCUGAAUUGUCUGUCCUUUCUCGUAAUGUGUGCAUUUGUUCACUUCCUUCCAUUGAUUUAAAGGAAAUGACUGGUUUAAGAAAUAUGAUGGAAAAACUCUCUGUAUUCAGUGGACACCAAUCUAACCCAAUUGUACACGGUUUAAGGGAUAGGAGGGAUAAUUGUGUUUCAGGGUGGGUCUCUUGAGGUGAAGUUGUCUUCAAGGGGCUUUUGUCCUUUCCAUUAUAAUCAGUGCUGAUGGGGAAGGUGUGUUAAUAGCAGGGUUGACUGUAAUGUUCUUCAGGAUUUUUUUUUUUGACAACCAUGUCAGUGCAAUAAUUGUCUUUAUGGCAAGGGUUACUAAAAUGUGACAAGAAUGUUUAGGUAUCGAGAAGAUCUAGUUUUAUUGUCACAUGCACACGUACAGUGAAAUGCUUGACUUGCACACGCUACCCAACAGUGCAGAAAUCAAUAUCAAAAUAGUAUAACUCAUUUUUUGUCUGUGUGUGUAUAUAUGUGUAUAUAUAUAUAUAUAUAUAUAUAUGUAUGUAUGUAUGUAUGUGUGUGUGUGUGUGUGUGUAUACUGAACAAAAAAUAUAAACGCAACAAUUUUACUGAGUUACAGUUCAUAAGGAAAUCAGUCAAUUGAAAUAAAUGUAUUAGGCCCUAAUCUAUGGAUUUCACAUAACUGUUUAGGGACACAGCCAUGGGUGAGCUUGGGAGGGCAUAGGCCCACCCACUUGGGAACCAGGUCCAGCCAAUCGGAAUUAGUUUUUAUUUUCCCCCACAAAAGUGCUUUAUUGCAGACAGCAAUACUCCUCAGUCGAUUCCACACGUGAAGAAGCCGGAUGUGGAGGACCUGGGCUGACGUGGUAACACGUGGUGUGGUUGUGAGGCCAGUUGGACGUACUGCCAAAUUCUCUAAAAUGGAGGCGGCAUAUGGUACUGAAAUUAACAUUAAAUUCUCUGGCAACAGCUCUGGUGUAUAUCCCCGCAGUCAGCAUGCCAAUUGCAAGCUCCCUCAAUUUGAGACAUCUGUGGCAUUGUGUUGUAACAAAACUGCACAUUUUAGUGGCCUUUUGUCCCCAGAACAAGUUGCACUUGUGUAAUGAUAAUGCUGUUUAAUCAGCUUCUUGAUAUGCCCACCUGUCAGGUGGAUGGAUUAUUUUAGUAAAUGAGAAAUGCUCACUAACAGGAAUAUAGACAAAAUUCUGCACAAAAUUUGAGAUACACACUAAAAGUUUAUAUGGAAAAUCUGGGAUCUUUUAUUUCAGCCCAUGAAACAUGGGACCAACACUUUACAUGUUACGUUUAUAUUUUUGUUCAGUGUAAUUAAGAAACCACAUGGCCAGGGGCUGAUGAGUCUGUUUGUCUGAGCCUUGAUACACCAGUAUCUUCUACUCAGUCACCGCCUGACAUGUAUGUCCUGGAUGGCUGGGAGCUCACCCACAAUGAUGAGGUGGAACUGUCCGUACCACCCUCUGUAGGGCCUUCCGGUCGAGGGCGUUGUAGUUGCUAUAUCAGACGGUGAUACAACCAGUCAGGAUGUUCUCGGUGGUGUAGCUGUAAAAGUUCCUAAGGAUCUGAUGGGCCAUGCCAAAUCAUUUCAGCCUCCAGAGGGAGAAGAGGCACUGCCGUGCCUUCUUUACGACUAUGCUGUUGUAGGAGGACAAUGAUAAGUCUUCAGUGAUGUAGACACAGAGGAACUUGAAGCUCUUGACCCUCUUCACUGCAGCCCCGUUGGUGGGGCCCCUCUUUCCUCAAUUCCAAGAUCAGCUCAUUGGUCUUGCUGACAUUUAGGGAGAGGUUGUUGUGCUGACCUCUUCCCUGUAGGGUUUCCCAAAUGCGGUCCUCGGGACCCCAAGGGGUGCAAGUUUAGUUUUUUGCCCUAGCACUGCAUAGCUGAUUAUUUGAAUAAUCAAGUUUUGAUCAUUUCAAUCAGCUGUGUAGUGUUAGGGAAAAAAACUGAAUGUACACCUCUUGGGGUCUCGAGGACCGAGUUUUGGAAGCGCUGCUGUAGGCUGUCUCAUCGUCAUUGGUGAUCAGGCAGACCACCAUCGUGUCGUUAGCAAACUUGAUGAUGGAGUUGGAGGCGAGCUAUGAGUACAGGAGGGGGCUAAGCACACACAGUUUGGGGGGGCCCCUGUGUUGAGGGUCAGCUUGUUGACUGUGUUGUUGCCUACCUUCACCACCUGAUGUCGGUCUGUCAGGAAGUCCAGGAUCCAGUUGCAUAGGGAGGUGUUCAGUCCCAGGGUCCUGAGCUUGGUGACGAGCUAUAAUAUGCUUACAUGUUACUUUUAGUGAUUGAUUAAGUUUUGAGCUUCUGAUCAUCAAUUAUUCAAAAGGCCUUUAAAAAUACAAUGUUUUUAUGGUUGUGGCGUUUAAGUGUUCCUCAAUGAUUUCCACUUGAAAUGAUAUCGUAGUUAGCCAGGACAGUGCAUUUAUUAAAAAGGGAAAUGUAUUUCUGGUACUUUACAACUGCACUUUCAGAUGAAAUAUUUGUGUACCUUUUUAGGUAUAUUAUUGCUGAUUUAUUUUGCCGACAUUUUUCUGCAGCAAACCUAUCUGAAAAAAUAUUAACCAGACAAGUCCCAAUACGUCUUGUACUGUUUGUUUGAGUAAAUCAUUUUCUUAAUUUCUUUUCAUAGCCUUUGUAAUGGCAUUGCAUCAUAUGCCUUUUGUAUUCUAGCAAUCAUUAUUUUACAGUAUGACUUUUUAUUUUGCUCUCUAUCUUUGUAGAAGAUGAGGCAGCUUCUUCUCUGUGACAUUUUUUAAAUGUAAUUUCAAUAACACACAUCACAAUUGCAUUGCUCACAUUUGUUCUAAUGCUUAACAGUUGGAAAUGUUGGAAAUAAAGUUGGAAAUAAAGUUACUGAAUUUGGCAUUGGAGUGCUAAGGGCCUAUCAUAGAAAGACAACCAGUUGCAUUAAUUUUUGGGGAAAAACCAACAGUCUUAGGCUGGUCCUGAGAGAUUUUGCAGCAAAACAUUAUGUGAAUUGUCUUAUUCGAUGUAGAUGCCACCAAACAUGCACACAAAUCAAUGACUAUUUAGCCUGUAAUAUUGAAUAUAAUGUAUGUUACAUUGUCGGAGAUGCUAGACCAGGCAUAGAUCUACACAUGUAUAGUAACUCCACCACUACUUUGUCAUAUUUAGCUUUCAUACUUGUCAUAAUGACUGUAAACCAUAACAACAACAAAAAGAGUCUGAAACAUGUUAGCAUUGUUUUGUUGAAUGUCUAAAAGGGAAUUGUCAAGCAGUUUACUAAUAAAUAAAAACAUAUUGAAGGAA